AUGAGUGCAAUCAUUGCGAAGCUUUUCACCGAUAUGCCGAGUAUUGAAGGGUUGCUCAAGAUCAUCAAUGAAAUUCCCGAGGGAGACGAAGGUGCUCCUGAGAAAGUUGCCGAGCUCGCACGAAAACACAAGGAUGUGUUUGAGAAGAAGCCGGGAGAAAUUGAGCAUUUUUUGUCAAAUUGCAAUCCUAAAGUUGGAUCAGCUGCAAUGGUAGCUGCGUUGAAAGCGUUAUAUGAUAGUUCAAUUGGAAAGAACAACGAGCAAGGUGCUGAUCGUGCAGUGGAGUUUUUGAAACACUUAAUAGAUAGUGGAAAUAUGGUGGCAGCACACCUUAAGCUUGUUCCUGACAUAGUGUUCCCAUUCACAAGGAAUGCGGUCACAUACUGCUUUAGGAAGAAAAACGAGCCACAAAUUGGUUUGGACUUGGCUUUGGCAGCUAUGAGGUUGUUAGUAGAUCCAAAUGAAGGAAUUGUCUCUUCUCUCCAUUCUGCGUUGUUCGCCGUUUGCUUGCGGGUGAACAAUGUUGAAGCAGCGCUUCCGUACAUCUAUAGAAAUGUGACUGCCUUAGUUAAUGAGAAUCCUACUACAACCUCCGAGCCUGCAUCCGAAUCGGUAAGCCAUGUGAGAAAGCAACGCGGAGUAUCUACACCUACUCCAACGUAUUUCGAAUCGAAAUACAUGGUGCUCUACCUUUACUAUGGAGCAUUACUCCUUAUGAGACGGAACGAACUUCGCCGUGCCAUAUCGCUCUUAGAAAGUGCUAUUCUUGUUCCUGGUACCGCCACAAGCGUUGCUCAGUUAGAUGCAUUGAAAAAGUACCACUUAGCGAGUCUUCUGUAUUCUGGUAAAGUAAUUAUGCCUCUUGGUCGCUCAUCUGCAUUAACUCGCGCAUGGAAAUUAGUUGGAGAUCCGUACACUGCACUCGCCACCGCUAUUCAGUCGACAGGAGAUAAAGCUGGUGCAGUUGAGAAAGUGCUUAAUGAACACCGAAAGAUUUUCAAUGAGGAUGGAUCUGUGGGUUUGAUCAGUCGAAUUGUUAAGGAGUUGCGCGAGAAGGCUGUUAUGUCAGUUGCUAAGUCAUUUUCGUCGAUUCCGUUGGCGGAUUUGGCUGCGAGAGCUCAUCUUGAAAGUGACGCGGCGGUUGAGAUUAUGGAGACAUUGUUCAAACAAGGAAAGCUGCUCGCUGAAAUUUCACUCAGCGAAGGUGUUGUUAGGUUGGAAGUAGUCCCUGAGAAAAUAAACAACCAUGACGUCAUUGCUAAAUUUGAAAGGCUGACUGUACUGCGACAAGAAAUGGAAAGAAUGGAUGCUAUAGCACAGCUUCAUCCUGCAUUGCUCCAAAGAUGUAUGAAAACUGCUGCAUUGCUACCAUAUUCGUUUCCAACAAAUGAGGAUGAAGGUCUUGGCAUGAGUAGCAGCCCGCUGGAAUUCUAG